AUGACUGGCACUGUGGAACUACAUCAAGACAGCUCGUUCGAGCACUCCCUCGACUCGCAACAUAGAAGUGGCUCAAAUGAGUCCGGAUUGACUUUACCAAACGUUUUCGUAACCCCUCCAGAAGAGGAAUUCGACUCACCACCUUGGUGUUGUUUUGACGCCGACAAAGACGCCCAACCAGGCGCGUUCGUUCCCGAGGACUUUGAGAACGGAGAUUUCGACUAUGCCGCACAUGCAGAGGAAGAAAUAUUUGGCGGGGAUGUGGAACAGGGAGGGAAUGUGCCAAGGGAAGGCGAAGAGAUUAGGGAAAACGUAUUCGCUAUGCGGAGCUUGGUUCAGGAGGCGGAGAACUUGAAAGAGAAAUUGAAAUCGCUGGAGCUCUCACCUGCAUCAUUCUCUUCUUCUACACCAUCUCCGCCUGUUGAGAACGAAGAACUGGCUAGCGAACCGUCGUCAACGCCAACCACUACUGCGUUCCCAGCAACUCAAGUGGAGGAGAAAGUUAACCGAAGGAGAUCGAUCUUUUCUUUCAACACCUUACGGCGCAAAAAGUCCCGGGAGGAGGAUUCUAUGCUUUCUAUGUAUGAGUCUAAUCAUACCUCAGGCAACCAAUUAUCGAGUAACCGGGAUGCAGAUGCUGUCAGCAUAAACUCAGCAUGCUCAACCUCCAACAAAACGGGAUUCUUCUCGCGUUUUAAACUCUCAUCCAAAAAGUCUAACACGACAUUGUCGGAAGGCGCAUCAAAAGCGAGGAAAUCGACCAGUGCAUAUCGCUCAUGUGAGGAGCUAACAACGUCUCAAGAAAACGAUGCGGUGUUAAAACGCCGUUUCUCGAUUUUCGAGCUCCCUCGUCGUCGAACGUCCAUUUCGCAACAACCAGCGAUUCCAGCCGUAUCCGCCAGUCCGACUACCUCGCCUAGCAUGAAUCAAUCCAAUUCGUCCCUCUCGAGUUCCUCCAUCCCUCUGACGCCAGAUGCAGCGACUUGCGCGCUUGGCUCCCCGACGGGAAAAUCCACCAACGGAGAAAUGCUUUCCUUUCUGUCAUCGAUAGAAAUGCACGGAAUCAAUAACAUCGCUGCAUCAUUGACUUUCCCCUCAUCGAACACUAUAGUUCCUGGCAGUCAAUUCUCACUCGACCCUCUCCAUUUCGAAUCCUUACAAUUCAAUUCAGACGACUUUGCAUGA